AUGCGUAGGGCAGUGACGCGAAAGCUGUUACAAGGGCAAGACAUCUGCUUUUUCUGCGCUUUCCGAUACGCCGCCGAGUCUCGCCAUGCUAGCUCCCUCCAACCGCAGCGUCGACUUUAUAGAGCUGCCAGUGUAUCAAAACGUCCAGCUGGAGCAGCAGUCGCCCGAAUAGAGGAGGAGGAUGAUGAUUUCGCUCCCCCGGCGGCGCCAACACGAGAGCUUCUCGGCUGGAAAUGCCGUUGCAAUCACAUCAACAAGCCUGCGAGAUCAGAGUGUACGAUAUGCUUGAGUUCUCGCCCACAAAGACCUGAAAUGGUCUAUUCGGACCACAAUUCAUCACUCUUUCCUCCUUUACCUCUCCAAUCUCUUCCUCCGUCAAACGGUCGACCCCGAAACGGUCACAGCCCUGCCGGUGAAAGCUCAAUAUCGGAGAUACUGUCCCGCACUCAAUCGGACUUCCAACAGAGAUCGCGCAAUGAACCUCCGCCUGAUCCACGAUCUCGACCUACACAAUCUCAGCGCCGGGAGCAGUGGUCUCCAAUGGGCAGUGCUCGCCGAGACAAUAAUGGCAAUAGAUUCGAUACGAGAAAUGGUAGGGGUAAUGAACUCUCGAGCGAGGCCUCUCCCGAAACUGAGCGCCCACUUUUCAGAUACUCGCAUAUCCGGAAGCCAUCUGCAGACCGAAGAGGGAGCGACAAUAAUACGAAUGGGUUUAGGAAAGAGCUCGGGACUUCCUCUCCACCAUCAAGGAUAGGCAAUGCUCUAAAAUAUCGGGGAUCCGAGAGUAGGACUGCUGGAGAAUCACGUUGGUCGGCGCCUUUUGGGGAAGGAGUUGGAUCUACCAAAGAGAAAUCCAGCGCUCCUCUCUUCCGAUCUUCACCGAGGGACUCUCUUGGCCCCAGAGGAAGCGGUCGAGAGAGGCGAGUCUCGAAACCUAGUGGACAGGAUUUCCCAAGGCGUUUCCCGCAUGGAUCUGGAGCAGACAAAGAGCUGAGUAUGAGGGGUGCUCGAGACAAUGCUUCAGCCUGGCGACCUGAUUCAGUGGGUGGUCGGCAGAGAGCAUUCGAUGGAAGAACCAGCCGGGACCGACCUGUGAAGAGAACGUCCGAAGCAUCGGAGGGGCAAGCUUCUCCCGAAGAAGAAUCGGCUGUGCUAGUGGAGACCGAGCUUGGAGAGGAUGCUGAAGGCGACAGGCGCAAGCGAAAACCCGUAGGUGGCAAAGAUCUUGACAGAAGAGCUCGGCUUUACGAAAUCGAGGACGAGGAGCCUCUACAGGUGUCUCGAAGAGCUAAGCUUCCCACCGCUAGGAGAAGUGGUGUCUCUAGGGCAGGUUCAUUGGACUUUCACUUUGACCCCGAUCUGGCGGAUGAAUUUCCCGACGAAGCAAAGUCAAGACGGAAAAAGAAGGGGAAACAAGCCAACGCGAAACAACAAACCCCAGCACGCCCAGAAAUACUUCUUCCAGAGUUCAUCAGUGUGGAAAAGCUAGCGCAAGCCCUUAAAGUGAGACUACCAGACUUCGUCGACAAGCUUGAAGAGGAGGGAUUUGAGGGUGCAAGGUACGACCAUGUUCUGGAUUCGAGCACGUCUGCCAUGUUUGCCGAAAUCUAUGGGUUUGAAGCUGUCGUCAAAACCAUUGAUGAGACUGGGGAUAUCUUCCCGCGUCCUACAGCAGAAGAUCCUUCGACGUUGCCGCCUCGACCACCCAUUGUGACAAUCAUGGGUCACGUCGACCAUGGGAAAACCACCAUCCUUGAUUACUUCAGGAAGGCGAACGUGGUUGCAACAGAGCAUGGGGGCAUCACCCAACAUAUUGGGGCUUUCUCCGUCACGAUGCCUGGAUCAGAACGUAACAUCACGUUUCUGGAUACUCCGGGGCAUGCUGCAUUUUUGGAGAUGCGCAGAAGAGGUGCUGUUGUGACCGACAUUGUAGUCUUGGUUGUUGCAGCAGACGACAGUGUCAAGGCUCAGACGGUAGAAGCCAUCAAACACGCCCGGGAGGCCGGUGUGCAAAUUAUCGUGGCAAUCAACAAGGUUGACAAACCUGAAGCCGACGUUGAACAAGUCAAGCGAGAUCUGAUGCAACACGAGAUCGUCGUGGAAGACUUUGGAGGAGACUAUCAAGCCAUACCUGUGAGCGGCAAGACCGGUAAAGGCAUGGAAGAUUUGGAAGAAGCUAUUCUCACUCUUGCUGACGUUGCCGACUACCGUGCCGAAAACGACGGACCAGCGGAAGGAUGGAUUAUUGAAAGCAAAGUUGGUGCCACCGGUCGUGUCGCCACCAUUCUCGUUCGUCGUGGGACUUUGAGACCAGGCGACUUUAUUGUUGCCGGCACUACCUGGGCUCGUAUCCGAACUCUGCGAAACGAUUCAGGAGAAUUAAUUGAUGCUGCACCUCCGGGCACCCCUGUCCAAAUAGAUGGCUGGCGAGGAGAUGAUCCCGAGGCAGGCCUAGAGGUGUUGCAGGCAGAUACCGAGCAGAGAGCAAAAGAAGCGGUGUCGGUAAGAAAAGAGCGCGCGGAAGCAGCCUGGGAGAUGGACAAUAUGACGGCGAUCAACGCAACACGCGCAGAGGAAGCGGCAGCUCGAAGCAAAGUCCUUGAGUGGGAGAAAGACCAAGGUUAUCUCUCCAUGGGGUACAAACGGCGUCCCAAGGACAAUGAAGGCUGGAUCGAGAAAGAGUCUUCAGGGCCUCAACUUGUUCAUUUUGUCGUCAAGGCUGAUGUGGCUGGCAGCACAGAGGCCUUGGUCGCUGCUGUGAGUGCCAUUGGCAACAACGAAAUUCGCGCAAACAUCGUCCACAGUGGGACGGGUGGCCUGACCGAAUCGGACAUCAAAAAGCUGGCUGCAACGGGCGAAGUUGCUUAUGCCAUCUCAUUCAAUCAACCCAUCGAUAAUGACAUCCGUCAACUUGCAGCGGCUGCUAGGAUCCAGAUCCUUGACCACAACAUCAUCUACAAGGUUACCGACGAAGUCACGGAGAAGGUCAGCGCAGAAUUACCUCCAAUUGUGACCCAGCGCGUGUUGGGAGAAGCCGAGGUUGGAGAUAUCUUUGACAUCAAAAUCAAGAAAGGGUCAAUAAAGAUUGCUGGGUGCCGGGUGACCAACGGUACGAUUCGCCGCUCGGAGAAGAUCCGAGUCUUGAGGAAAGGCGAGGUGAUUUACACUGGCACGCUCAAUUCUUUCAAAAACAUCAAGAAGGAUGUCACCGAGAUGCGGAAAGGCUCUGAAUGCGGCAUGGGUUUCGAGAACUGGGAAGCGUUCGAAGUGGGCGAUCAGAUCCAGUCAUUUGAGGAAAUCAGCGAGAAGCGAGCCUUGCAUUAG